AUGCAGCUUACCAGCCUCUUCUUCUACGUCCUCACGGUCGCCACCGCGGUGUCAGCUGCUCCGACCCCGACAGACCUUGCCGUUAGGUCACCUCCAACCAAACUGCCUUCCACGAUCCAUGGAUUUCCACCCAACGACUGGGAAUGCAAGACUAGCCAGACAAAGCCCACGACCCGAAAGUUCUCCGCCGACUACAUCAAGAGAAGCACCGAGUAUGCACUCGAACUCCGCGACAAUGGCAACAACAAGGCAGGAAACAGCAAAUACCCAGAGUACUUUACCAACCCGGAGAGUAUUCCUGGCCUGGAGGACUACAAGGGCCAGACCAACAUUGAUCACUUCCCCCUCAACUAUGACGACAAGACGGUAUUCACGGGCGGCACGCCAACCAGUGGCGCCCGUGUCGUCUACCAGCAUGACGUUGAUUCUGACGUGGCCACAUUCAUUGGAGUGUGGUCUCAUGCAGGAAGGACCAAUGGCAAGUUUGAGAAGUGCACAGAGAAGUGA